AUGCCUCGGCACCUCCGCAUCCAACUAACAGCCGACAACCCCCCCAAGCAACACGUCUUCGAGCUCACCCCACAAAACGUCGAGACCCGCAACCCCACCCUAGAAGCCGCCCUCGAGAGCAGCAGCAAAUGGUCGCAGUUCCAAGGCAUUGACGUCGUCCCCUACGCACCCAUAUACAUCCCUCACCUCCUCGGGGGGAGGGGGAAAGCGUCCCAGACAAAGCUUACCAUCGACACUCACUUCAACACGCGAUACAUCUACCAGUGUGAGGACUGUGUGGGCCUUUGGUACUGUAAACCCCUCGACGGCUGGGGCCUUGAAACACCCACUGAGUUCCUGAAGGAUGCAGAGACGCCGCAUGUGAAACACAGUUUCUUCGCGGAGACGAUGGUAGGGGUGGCGCCGAGUACACUCAUAUGCUUGAAUAAGCUUCUGAUUGCGUCGGGGGUAGCGGAGUGUCGGGACGGGGAGCACCAGGGUUUGUUUGCGGUGAACAUCAUCAUGGAGCUAGAGAUGGACUUUGUGGAUGUGAAUGCGUGCUCGACAUAUGUUCCGCUGUGGGUAUGCACGGGCGGGAAGCUGAAGGAUGUUUUCCGGAUUGUGGCGGGGGACAAGCUGCGGGGCGAGUUUCGGCUGACGCAGGUGCCGAGGGCCAGUGGGUUUGUGGAGGAGACAUAUUCGUACCGUGUGGCGGGGGUGGAAAAUAAGGGAUUGGAGGACCUGAUAUGGUUUCCGGACCUGGGCGGUGAGAUGUGGUUGUUGCCGUUUCCUUGUGUGAUGGAGAAGUUUGGGGAGGAGCAGAAGCUGGGGGCUAGGUUAAGUGAGAAGUGA